AUGGCAGAGGAAUCUCAACACAGCACCACUCCACUCCUCCAUCGCCGUAGCCGACCGGGAUGGCUCCGCCGUCUUACCACUUCUCUCCGAUUGAAGACCUCCAUAUGGUCCGAACUGAGCGGAUCCGUCGGGGACCUGGGCACCUACAUCCCCAUAGUAUUAGCCCUCACCUUAGUAUCCCACCUUGACCUCUCCACCACCCUCAUCUUCACUGCCCUCUACAACAUAGCAACCGGCAUCCUCUUUGGCACCCCGAUGCCUGUCCAGCCCAUGAAGUCCAUCGCCGCCGUGGCCGUAUCGGAAACGCCUCACCUCACUGUCUCCCAGAUAGCCGCCGCCGGCAUAUGUACCGCAGGGACCCUCCUUUUCCUCGGCGUCACUGGGUUAAUGUCUUUCUUCUACCGCUUCAUCCCCCUCCCUGUCGUUCGUGGGGUUCAGCUCUCUCAGGGCCUUUCCUUUGCCUUCUCUGCAAUCAAGUACAUCCGCUAUAAUCAAGACUUCACGAAAACCACCUCCACCAAGACCACCGAUCCCCGCCCCUGGAUCGGCCUCGACGGCCUAAUUCUUGCCUUCGCUUGCCUUCUCUUCCUCGUAUUCACCACCGGCGAUGGUGGUAGAAGGAAUUUAGUUGAAACUGAUGUAAUAGGAAGCAGUCGGACGAUUGCAACAAGCCAACGUAGAGUUGAGAAAAGAUUAAGAAUAUUGUCAGCAGUGCCAUCUGCUCUUAUAGUGUUUGUACUAGGUUUAGUCUUAUGUUUUCUACGUGAUCCAUCGAUUGUUAAUGACAUAAAGUUUGGCCCUUCAAGAUUUCAUGUGUUGAAAAUCACAUGGGAUGAUUUUAAGGUUGGUUUUAUACGAGGUGCAGUACCUCAAAUUCCACUAUCAGUACUGAAUUCAGUCAUUGCUGUUUGCAAACUGUCGGGGGAUCUUUUUCCUGGUACGGAGUUGUCUGCAACUACAGUCUCUGUGAGUGUUGGAGUGAUGAAUUUAGUGGGCUGCUGGUUCGGGGCAAUGCCAGUCUGCCAUGGGGCAGGAGGGCUUGCCGGGCAGUAUCGAUUUGGGGGAAGGAGUGGUUUAUCAGUAGUGUUUCUAGGAUUGGGGAAACUGAUGCUAGGCUUGGUGUUUGGGAACUCUUUUGUGAGGAUUUUAAGUGCAUUCCCAAUUGGGAUUCUUGGGGUGUUAUUGUUGUUUGCUGGAAUAGAAUUGGCCAUGGCAUCGAGGGAUAUGAACUCAAAAGAAGAGUCUUUCGUGAUGUUGGUUUGUGCUGCUGUGUCAAUGACAGGGUCUAGUGCUGCAUUGGGAUUUAUAUGUGGGAUCGUGCUGUAUUUACUGCUGAAAUUAAGGGAGCUGGAUUGUUCUGGUUUCUCCUUCUCGAAAUCAGUUUCCAAAUCCAGCGUUGAAGAUGAAACCGUUGUCAAUCCAUGA